UGUUAAUGGAAAAAUUCAUGUAUAAGUACAAAAUAAGAAGGACAAUCUAAUCUUUGAGGAAAUGGCGGGAUUCCUAGACAACUUCCGGUGGCCAGAAUGUGAGUGCAUUGAUUGGAGUGAAAGAAGGAAUGCCAUCGCUUCCAUAGUCGCAGGUGUAUUGUUUUUCACAGGUUGGUGGAUAAUGAUAGACGCUGCAGUAGUUUACCCUAAGCCAGAACAAAUGAACCAUGCGUUCCAUACCUGUGGGGUGUUUUCAACACUAGCUUUUUUCAUGAUAAAUGCUGUAUCAAAUGCACAGGUGAGAGGAGACAGCUACAGUGAUGGAUGUUUAGGAAGAACAGGUGCUCGUGUCUGGCUCUUCAUUGGCUUUAUGCUGAUGUUUGGUUCACUUAUUGCUUCAAUGUGGAUUCUUUUUGGAGCAUAUGUUACACAGAACACUAAUGUUUACCCUGGAUUGGCAGUGUUUUUCCAAAAUGCGUUGAUAUUUUUCAGUACUCUGAUCUACAAGUUUGGAAGAACAGAAGAGUUGUGGGGAUGAGAGAUCACAUCUAGCAUUGUCUGUUCCAUAGUUGCUAUGUUGUACUAUGUAUGUAUAUAUAUUUACAUUUAUCUGUUCUUGUUUUCCUUUCUGAAUUGUCUGACCUGAGACAAACGAGUUUCUGUAAUACGCUCCCUCUUUUCACAGGACAGAUUUGUGAAUAUGUACAUACGACUGUAUAUAUCUUAAAAAGGGAAUGUCAGGCUUGCUUUCUGAAAUCUUCAGGUUUAUUUCCUCAAACGUAUGGGUUUCCAUCAACUCCUAAGACUGGAUCUUCCAAACCUUCAUGUGUCAGAGCCUUGAGUGGUACU